GCAGUUGGGCGCGCGGUGGCGACGGCGGCGGUUGAGGCCAAGUAGCGGCAUCGAGCAGCAGCAGAGGAGCUAACUAUGCGUGAGUGCAUCUCCAUCCACGUGGGACAGGCAGGUGUCCAGAUUGGCAAUGCCUGCUGGGAACUGUACUGCCUUGAACAUGGAAUUCAGCCCGAUGGUCAGAUGCCAAGUGACAAAACCAUCGGUGGUGGAGAUGACUCCUUCAACACUUUCUUCAGCGAGACCGGAGCUGGCAAGCAUGUGCCCAGAGCCGUGUUUGUGGACCUGGAGCCCACCGUGGUUGAUGAAGUGCGCACAGGCACGUACAGGCAGCUCUUCCACCCGGAGCAGCUGAUCACCGGGAAGGAAGAUGCAGCCAAUAACUAUGCCAGAGGCCACUACACCAUUGGCAAGGAGAUCGUUGACCUGGUCCUGGACCGGAUCCGCAAGCUGGCGGAUCUGUGCACUGGGCUGCAGGGCUUCCUCAUCUUCCACAGCUUCGGAGGCGGCACCGGCUCCGGCUUUGCAUCUCUGCUCAUGGAGCGGCUGUCGGUAGACUAUGGCAAGAAGUCCAAGCUGGAAUUUGCCAUCUACCCGGCCCCCCAGGUGUCCACGGCAGUGGUGGAGCCCUACAACUCCAUCCUGACCACGCACACGACCCUGGAACACUCUGACUGUGCCUUCAUGGUGGACAACGAGGCCAUCUACGACAUUUGCCGUCGCAACCUGGACAUCGAACGGCCCACCUACACCAACCUCAACCGCCUGAUCGGGCAGAUCGUGUCCUCCAUCACUGCCUCCCUGCGCUUCGACGGGGCCCUCAACGUGGACCUGACGGAAUUCCAGACCAACCUGGUGCCCUACCCCCGCAUCCACUUCCCGCUGGCCACCUACGCCCCGGUCAUCUCGGCGGAGAAGGCCUACCACGAGCAGUUGUCGGUGGCCGAGAUCACCAACGCCUGCUUCGAGCCAGCCAACCAGAUGGUCAAGUGCGACCCUCGCCACGGCAAAUACAUGGCCUGCUGCAUGCUGUACAGGGGCGACGUGGUCCCCAAAGACGUCAACGCAGCCAUCGCCACCAUCAAAACCAAGCGCACCAUCCAGUUUGUGGAUUGGUGCCCCACUGGAUUUAAGGUGGGCAUCAACUACCAGCCUCCCACAGUCGUCCCCGGAGGAGACCUGGCUAAGGUGCAGCGGGCUGUGUGCAUGCUGAGCAAUACCACCGCCAUCGCAGAGGCCUGGGCCCGCCUGGACCACAAGUUCGACCUCAUGUACGCCAAGCGCGCCUUUGUGCAUUGGUACGUGGGGGAAGGCAUGGAGGAAGGGGAGUUCUCCGAGGCCCGGGAGGACCUGGCAGCUCUGGAGAAAGAUUAUGAAGAAGUGGGCGUGGAUUCCGUGGAAGCGGAGGCCGAAGAAGGGGAAGAAUACUGAAUGGGAGAGUGGCUGGCAGCUGGGCCUUUGCACGCCCCUCACUGUAACAAAGUAUGUUUACCUAUUAAAAUUUCUGUAUUGA